AUGGCUCAAGAAAUCACUCAUCCAACAAUCGUUGACGGCUGGUUCAGAGAAAUCUCUGACACCAUGUGGCCAGGUCAAGCUAUGACUUUAAAAGUGGAAAAAGUCUUACAUCACGAAAAAUCUAAAUAUCAAGAUGUUUUAAUCUUCAAAUCAACUACUUAUGGUAAUGUUCUUGUCUUGGAUAAUGUCAUCCAAGCCACUGAACGUGAUGAAUUUUCUUAUCAGGAAAUGAUCACUCACUUAGCUAUGAACUCCCAUCCAAACCCAAAGAAGGUUCUUGUCAUCGGUGGUGGUGAUGGUGGUGUUUUAAGAGAAGUGGUUAAACAUGAAUGUGUCGAAGAAGCCGUUCUUUGUGACAUCGAUGAAGCUGUUAUUAGAUUAUCCAAGGAAUACUUGCCAGAAAUGGCUAAAUCUUAUGAUCAUCCAAAGGUUAAGACUCACAUUGGUGAUGGUUUCCAAUUCCUAAGAGAUUAUCAAAACACUUUUGAUGUCAUCAUUACUGAUUCUUCCGAUCCAGAAGGUCCAGCCGAAAGCCUUUUUCAAAAGGAAUAUUUUGAAUUAUUGAAUGGUGCCUUGACUGAAAAGGGUGUUAUUACCACUCAAGCUGAAAACAUGUGGAUUCAUCUACCUGUCAUCAAGGAUUUGAAGAAGGCCUGUUCUGAAGUCUUCCCUGUCGCUGAAUAUGCUUACACUACUAUCCCAACCUACCCAUCUGGUUCCAUUGGUUUCAUGGUUUGUUCCAAGGAUAAGACAUGUAAUGUUAAGAAACCAUUGCGUGAAAUUUCUGAUGCUGAUGAAGAAAGAUUAUACAGAUACUAUAAUAAGAGAAUUCACGAAGCUUCCUUCGUCUUACCAACUUGGGUCACUAAGGAAUUAAGAUAA